AUGGCUGGCGAUUCUAGGAAUGCUAUGAACCAGGAUAUGGAGAUUGGAGUCACUCCCAGGGACCCUAAGAAGAUUCCCAAACAGGCCCGGGAUUACAUCCCCAUUGCCACAGACCGCACCCGUCUGCUGGCAGAAGGCAAGAAGCCCCGCCAGCGCUACAUGGAAAAGAGUGGCAAGUGCAACGUCCACCAUGGCAACGUCCAAGAAACCUAUAGGUACCUGAGCGACCUCUUCACCACCCUGGUGGACCUCAAAUGGCGCUUCAACCUGCUUGUCUUCACGAUGGUCUACACCAUCACUUGGCUGUUCUUUGGUUUCAUUUGGUGGCUGAUUGCCUACAUCCGAGGUGAUCUGGACCACGUUGGUGACCAAGAUUGGAUUCCUUGUGUUGAAAACCUCAGUGGCUUUGUGUCUGCCUUCCUGUUCUCCAUUGAGACUGAAACCACCAUCGGGUAUGGCUUUCGGGUGAUCACAGAGAAGUGUCCAGAGGGGAUCAUACUCCUCUUGGUCCAGGCCAUCCUUGGCUCCAUCGUCAAUGCAUUCAUGGUGGGGUGCAUGUUUGUCAAGAUCAGUCAGCCAAAGAAGAGAGCAGAGACCCUCAUGUUUUCCAACAACGCGGUCAUCUCCAUGCGGGACGAGAAGCUCUGCCUCAUGUUCCGGGUGGGUGACCUUCGCAACUCCCACAUUGUGGAGGCCUCCAUCCGCGCCAAACUCAUCAAGUCCCGGCAGACCAAAGAAGGGGAGUUCAUCCCCCUGAACCAGACGGACAUUAACGUGGGCUUCGACACUGGGGAUGACCGUCUCUUCCUGGUGUCUCCGCUCAUCAUCUCCCACGAGAUAAAUGAGAAGAGCCCUUUCUGGGAGAUGUCUCGGGCCCAGCUGGAUCAGGAGGAGUUUGAAGUCGUGGUCAUUCUAGAAGGGAUGGUGGAAGCAACAGGUAUGACUUGCCAGGCACGGAGCUCCUACAUGGAUACAGAGGUGCUCUGGGGCCACCGAUUCACACCAGUCCUCACCUUGGAAAAGGGCUUCUACGAGGUGGACUACAACACCUUCCAUGACACCUACGAGACCAACACGCCCAGCUGCUGUGCCAAGGAGCUGGCAGAAAUGAGGCGGGAAGGCCGGCUCCUCCAGUAUCUCCCUAGCCCACCCCUGCCGGGGGGCUGUGCUGAAACGGAGCUCGAUACAGAGGCCGAGCAGGAGGGAGAGGACGGGCCCGAGGGCCUGGGUGGGUCCCGGGAGAACACGGGUUCGGUGUGA